AUGCCCGGGUCGCCCUGGUCCCGAGACCGCGAUCCGCAGCCCCAGAGUAAGCGGCACAGCAUCACCGACCGCAUCCUCGGAACCUUUGGCCAGGCUCGCAAGGACACGGCUGCCUCGCCCCAGCGUCGCGCAUCCUCGUCGUCGACGGGCCAGUCGCCCAUUCCGCGCAUCAUGCAGUGGCUCGAGUCGUGCAAGGCCGAGCAUGGGUUCCACUGCUGCGCCGACCUCGACGACGACAACCUUACCUGGCGCCCGCUCCGCCUUGUUGACACGUUCGAGCGCCGCCUGGUCCCUGCGAAGCCGAGAGACAGGUAUGCUGCCCUGAGCUACGUCUGGGGUGUCGCGCCGCCGCGCAACGGGCCCGAGACGGCUGCCCAGCUGCUCAGCACCAACCUCGAUGCUUUCCAACUGUCCCUGCCCGACACGGACAUCCCCCGGACCAUUCUCGAUGCCAUCUGGCUUGCCAAGAAGCUAAGACUCCGCUACCUCUGGGUGGAUAGGCUGUGCAUUGUCCAGGACGACGAGCAGGACAGGGCCGACCACGUCCAGCAUAUGGCCUUUGUCUUCGCCAAUGCCCAUCUCACCAUUGUCGCGGCGCACGGAGACGCCAACACCGGCCUGCUCUCCCUGGACCCGCGACGGCCGUCACGUAGCGCUCGGGAGGGCGCCAAGGACCACAACGAUCUUCUCCUCGCCGCGAGAUGGAACACGCGGGGCUGGACGCUCCAGGAACUCCUGUACUCGCGCCGCGCUGUCUUCCUCUUCGAGGAUGCUGUCACCUGGGAGUGCCACUGCGAUCUCUGGCAGGGCAACACGACGGGCGCCACUCAGGCGACGCGCAGGAGGCGGCACGAAUGCGCCAAUCGCAUCUCUCCUGCCGCCUUUGGCUUCCAGCAUUCGCCGUGGCCCGAUCUGGACGAGUACGCGCGCAUUUGCAUGGACUACAGCUGUCGGCGGCUCACGCUCGUCGACGACACACUCCCGGCCUUUGCGGGCAUCACACACGUUCUCUCCCGCGUCUUCGCCGGCGGCUUCGUCUACGGCAUGCCACUCUUGUUUCUCGACAUUGCCCUACUCUGGCGACCGCAGGCUACGAUUCGAUGGAGAGCCCCGUCGCGCCCGCCCUUUAUCCCGUCGUGGUCGUGGAUGGGCUGGUGGUUUGAUGGCGUCUCGGUCGACCUCAGUCUGUGGAGGGCGGCGGCCGACUAUGUCGAAGAGACGCUCGCUGCGAAACGGGGGCGGGGAUCCAAGCGGUUCCAGGCCUCCCACUCUUUUCGAAUUCGACCCACGGUGGCGUGGACUCUCACAAACAGGACCCAUGGGGUUCACGUGGCCAACAAUGGACUGCAAUAUCGGAAGCUGAGGUCGCGCAGGAACCACAGCGCCACGCUGCCGCCCGGUUGGUCGCGCAAUGGCUCUCAGUUCCGACACGAUAGCGAUGAGCUGACCGUCUUUCGAUACCCCAUUCCGGUCGAAGAUCCCCCGGAAGCGGGCGACUACGAAGCCCAGCCGGGUGCGGAUCCUCACCCGGGGACGCUGCUGUCAUUCAAGACUACAUGCGGCUUCUUCGAGGUCAACUAUGCGAUAUCCAUGGCUCCCCGCGACAAGCCCAACCCGCCCGUUGCGGUGGGCAAUAUCUGGAGCAGAGGUAACCGAUGGAUCGGCGAGUUUAGAGCACACGAUGCGUGGCUGGGGGUGCAGUCGUCCAACUACGACGGGGACGAGAGACUCGAGUUUGUGGCCAUUUCGACAGCCAUGGAGCGCCGAGGGUCGUACGUGUUCAGCGCGGACAAGUUUGAGGAAAACAUGGACGAGGACGAGAUCAUCGACAUUGUCAACGUGCUGUGGAUCGAGAAGAUUGCCGGCAUCGCGUACCGGCGGGGCAUUGGGCACGUCCUGCAAAAGGCAUGGGAGGCCGAGGCGUUGGACGAGGUUGAGGUUUUGCUGGGAUGA